AACCUUCAUGAAUCCAUAAGAGCUGUGUCAGUGGUUAACACCAAACUGGUGUAAUGAGGAGUUUAAUAUGCACAAAACUAACUGUUACAAAGUGACACCAUGUUUUUUAAGAGGAAAUUCAGCAGGUUUAUGGGGCCAAAUAUAGCUGUUAUCAGCUCCCACAGCUGAGUGGGCAGUCCACUGUGAGUAGUGAACGUAUCAUCUGCAGAUGCGAGUAGUAACUGAACAUGCCAGACGAUGACAGCUAAAACCACAAAACUGCUCGAGGACCAUUGAGAAAAGGAGUUUCUUUCCCAGGGUGACCUCAGCUCACCCACUCACAAUUCUGGUUAUCAAAUGCGCUCAGCUUAAUAAUGGUGCACAAGAAGGAAGUACAUAAAUAAAAAUAAAAAAAAUAGAAAAAACGAAGAUGAGGACGAAGAGGUUUUGUAUCGGGUGAAGUCCACAGGGAGACUGGAAGGAUGGAUGAAGGAACCAAAAGCGUGAUUGUGUUCUUUCUGCUCUUCGUUUUUUCAGGUAAGCCAGCAGAGGGUCAGAGUCUGUUGGAUGUGUGCUCAACCUGCCAUGCUAAUGCCACGUGUGACGACAAGUCAGAUGGCUCGGGCAAAGUUUGUAACUGCAAGUACGGCUUUGUUGGAAAUGGAAGAACCUUCUGUCAAGACAAAGAUGAGUGUCAGAUAGGAUCCAGUAAGAUCUGUGGCCAGCACACCACUUGUCACAACACUUUUGGCAGCUACUACUGUACUUGUCUGGCCGGCUACAGCCCUUCUAACAACAUGGCUGUUUUCAUCCCAAAUGAUGGCACCCACUGCCAGGACAUUGAUGAGUGCGGGAUCACAGGGCAGUGUGGAGAGGGAGCUCAAUGCAGGAAUCUUGAGGGCAGCUUUGACUGCAGCUGCCAGGUUGGAUACAAAAUCCACAAUGGAGUAGAACCCUUUAACCCACUGAGAGACAAAGCUUCCUGCAAAGUUGUUAUCUGUGGCCCACUUGCACUACUGGAGGACACGGUGCUAGUGUCAGUCACAGGAACUACGUACAGCAGCGUGGCCACAUUCAUCUGCGAUGAAGGCUUUGUGUGGAGGAGGGGAGACAACAGCUCUGUGUGUGGUGCUGAGGGGCUGUGGAGCAAACCUGACAUGGUCUGUGAAGAGGUUGACUGUGGUUCUCCACCUGCCGUCCCUCACUCACGCUUGCUGUGGAAUAAAAGCACAAGGAUGGGCACUGAGGUGGUUUAUCAGUGUAACUCUGGAUAUCAUAAUGUUGGAAAGAGAAAUGUCUCCAUCUGCACUGCAGCUGGACAGUGGGCGGGUCCAUCUGUGCUCUGCCGAGAGAUCUUGUGUGGAAAUCCUCCUGUAAUUGAAUUCACUGGGCAGGUGUGGAGUUAUAACUCCACCCCUGGCAGCACUGUGCUCUAUUUCUGUAAAGACGGCUUUUAUAACAAAGGAGGAAAUAAUGUAUCCACCUGUCAGGAAAAUGGUCAUUGGACAUCCCCAACUUUGUCAUGCCAAGAGAUAUUAUGUGGGAAUCCUCCAAAUCUGCCUCACACUGGACAAGUGUGGAAAGGUAGCUCCACCCCAGGAAGCACUGUAAUUUACUACUGUAAAAAAGAAUUUUAUCACAGUGACGGAAACAAUGUUUCAGUGUGCACAAUUAAUGGUUACUGGACAAAACCAGAUAUCUCAUGCAAAGAAGUUGACUGUGGCAAGCCCCCACUCAUCCCUAAUUCAGUCAUGCACUGGGAUAAAAUUUCCACUGUGGGCUCAAAGGUUAUUUAUCAGUGUAAACCUGGAUAUCUCAGUGCUGGAACAGGGGAUGUAUCUGUUUGUAGUGCCAGUGGAAAAUGGGAUGGAGCACCGAUCCUUUGUCAAGAAAUCAACUGUUGGGAGCCUGUUUUAAAACCCAAUGCUAAAAUGUUAUGGGAUGGCACAUCACGCAUUGGUAGUGUGGUUUAUUACCAGUGUGCAGAGGGAUAUUACACCAGGAGCCUGAGAAACUACUCAGUAUGUGGAGAAAAUGGACUAUGGGAGGAUAUUGAUCUGUGGUGUGAAGGUGCAGAUUAUUACGUAAUGCAUGUUCAGGGGCUGUUGUUGUCGUUGUUAUGGAAAAAAGGCAUGUUUGAUGGAGGAUUGGACAGUGUGUCUGUCUUGUUGCAUUUCUUUAUAGCCCACAGUCUGUGUUCAUUCAUGUCUGUGUGUCAGACAGAAAUAAGCUGUGGUCCCCCAGUAGCCCUCCCCCACGCUAACCUCCUGUGGGGCCACAACAGCACACCGGGCAGCACUGUGCUGUAUGAGUGUAUGGAAGGAUUUUACCAGGAGAGUGGGAAUAAUAUGUCAACAUGUUCACUAUCAGGAGAGUGGGGGGAAGUAUCUAUAAAGUGUAAAGCUAAAUGUGGCCCAGCUCCUUUUCUUGCCAACUCAGAGGUCGUGUGGCAUAAUAGAAGUGUUGUGAUCCACCGCUGCGUGGCAGGAUAUCACAGCUGGAGGGGAAGCAACGUCUCUGUGUGCGGGAGCUCCGGGGAGUGGCAGAAAGCUACUCUGAGAUGCAUAGAAAUCAAACCACCUAUCAAUCACCUGCUUAUUUUUAAUGAAAGCUGCCUGCAGUGGAAAGCAGAAAAGUACGAGGAGGACACAGAGGUUUACAAGGUGACUUACACUGGAUCCAGGGACUACCAGAGAUCCUUUUAUGACAAAAGGAAGAGAUUUCUGAGCUCCAAAGCAGACCAGCUGAAGCUCUGCCUUGGCUUGCUUCCAGUCACAAACUAUAGCAUCACCAUCACUGCAACAUCUGCCAAGUUCACAGCCUCUGUCACCACAAACACCAGUCUACCAGUACCUCCAGGACCAGUUGUCUACUACAGGGAAUUUGACACUCCUCUACCAACGUUGAGUCUGCGCAGAUCACCCAACACACUGGACUUAAUAAGUUUGUACCAAGUGUUUGUGCUUCCUGUAGAGGGGUUUAUGAUGUUUAACUGUUCCUCUCCUGCAAUCGCGCCGCCUUUGAGCACACUUAAGUCACCAGCGGAGUACAUCACUGCUCAGUUUGAAGUCCAUCGUGUUGGAACAGAGAUGAAUCUUACUAUAGGAGAUGGGCUGCUCUAUGGUGGCUUUUAUAAUGCACCACUGGAGAGUGGCAAGAACUAUUAUAUCAUUUUACGGGCUGUCAGUCAGUGGAAAUCGGCCUUAAAAAGUUCCUGUGUCCUGUGGGCUAAAGUAACAGCUACAUCGUACGCUCUGAGGGUUUCAUCGCUGUCUGCUGUAGCUACCAUAGGGCUGGUUGCCGUGGUUAUUUGGGGAGGCUACAGUAUCCACUGGUGUUUCAAGAAGACAUGAUGCUCCUGAGUGCUGACGUGCUCUAAUACUGUCCUGAGUUUCUAGCAGUACAUUUUGUAAAUAGUUAUUAUUUUAUAUUAAAUAUUAUCACCAUAUUAAACUUAUUAAAAUCAU